AUGCGCUCACUGCGAGCCUUGACGGCGUCGCUGCUGGCUGUCCAAUGCGCCGCAGCGGACGCCUUUGCGGCGGAUGAGGUACAGAAACCCGUGGGUGUAUCAUCGCCAUCAUAUCCGACAUCGCAAGACGAAGCCGGACCUUCAUCGCCGUUUACAGCAUCGCCAAAAAGCAGUGACGAUGCUGGUCUAGGCCCAUCAUCAUGGUACGCAAGGCUGAACUACUCGUCGCCGGCGCCGCACCUGUUCGCUUCGGCGUACGGCCUGCUCCAGCAGUGGAGCAACACCGUGUUCCCCAACGGGCACACGAUGGCGGCGGUGGAGGUACCCGCGUUUACGCUGUUUUAUCACGGGCGGAUGGAUGAGGAGGAUGUGCCAAGUCCGGAGUGGCUUGCUUUUGAUAUAGAAAUGGCCUACGGCAUCAUGGGCAGCACGCGCCAGAGCUUCAUGCUCACGUACCAAACCACGCGGCCCGUGAAAGCGCUCUACUUUGACGGCGAGUCCGCGGCGCUGAUGGGGCUGGGACAGCUUGACACCCAGAUGUUGCAUUUAUACGGCAACGUCUCGGGGCCGCAGAGUGACGGAGGAAGUCCAUGGCGCGGAUUGGAGCCCGAGUACGAGAGGGCCAUGGGGCUCUGCGACUGGUUGCUGGAGAAGGGACUACGGGGGCCCGGGUGGGGAUUUGAGGGGGUUGUGAGGAUGAAUACGGGGGGAAAUGUUACUGCGCCGCAGUUGAAGCAGGAUGAUGGAGAGGAGAAGACGACAGAGAGGGAUGAGGUUGAGGGAUCCGUGAAGGUUGGUGGGAGAGCCCAUGGCGAAGAAGGGGUUCCUACGUCGGUGUAUCCGCUCCCGCCGCAGCCUACACUAACAGACCGCCCCGUGAGCCCUUCCCGUCCGCCGAUGCCGCCCAACUGGCGCGGGAUCAUGGGUCCCGCCGAGCGGGAGCCGUUCCUGCAAACGCAGGGUUGGGGGUGGUUCGCCUCCGCGACGUGGCACUACGGGUCCAAUGGGCUCGGGCAGGGCAAAGGGGAGACGCGGGCGCGGGUGCUGGGGUGCGGGAUCACGAGCUGUGAGGCGUUGGCGAAGCUUGGGAGGCGGAGGAGGAUGCAUCAUUUGGAGAAUGUGACGGCGGAGGCGGCGGCGGGGAUGAGGUGGGAGACGGAGGUGAUGUUGAGGGAUGCGCUUGUGGGCGAGGGGGGGUGUAGCGGGAUGGAGUGGGUGAGUUCCAUGGGGGAGAUUGUGCAGCGGACGGCUGGGCAUUUGAUGGUUAUGGAGGAGGGUGCCAGGUUCGGCGGCGGCGAUGGCGAUGGCGGCGACUGGGGGAAUGUGACGGCGGUGAGGGAGUGGUUGUACAAGUUGCGUGGGCAGAGCCACAUGUUCCUCGUCUCGUUUCUGGAGUAUCCGGGCGAGAUUGACAGGCAAACGUGGGAUGUCCGGGGCGCGCUAUUUGCGGAGACGUAUUCCCGGUGUCGGUAUCGGUAUACGAGGUUGAUGGUUGAUCUACCGCUGAGCGUGAGGGAGCGGGAUCUGAGGGACGCGGUUGAGGAGGUCAUGGGCGGAAUCUGCGGGGUGUUGCUCGAGGUUGGGUUCGGUGUCGAGAGGGCUUGGUAUGAUCUCGAGCGAGGGGAGACGUCGGAGCUGAAGGCUGCGGGUGGAGAGUGGGCGGACGGGGUGAGGCGGCUCCGGGCGUGGGUUGGAUGGGAAGAAGAGUUCAUCCGGUGCCGGGAGGUGUGCGGGUGGGAUGAGCGGUGCUAUAUCCCCAUGUGGCCUUUGUUAAGGUCCAUGUUUGGCGGCAGGAGACCUAGGCCGCCGCCGGAGGGUGGACCGGGCAACGGGACGGAGCCUGGAUAUGAUCGGCCGCCGCCGCCGCCAUAUCGGGGUCGGGGACCUGGGUAUGGAGGGAACCAUACCGGGCCGCCUGGGCGUGGGAUGCCGGGGCGGAGUCCGAUAUGGAUGGGCGAUGAGACGGAUUUGUGGGAGCCGAAGUGCGUUCAGAUGGAGGACAUCAUGCCCAGGACGAGGGGAGACUAG